AUGGUCAUUGGACUCUUAGCCAUAACGGCCAUCCCGACAGUGACGGGUAUAUCCCUCGCGUCCAGCGAACAGCGCAAAGCAAACCAGCGCAAAGAAGAUAACAGGCGCAUGAUGAAGUUCAACAUCCAAGCUGAAUGCGACGGCGAUACAGAUGAUGAUCGCGAGUUGAAUGGGAUGAGUGUUGUUGUUAGGAAUGAGAAGGUCUACCUGGCAGACCCAAACCCAUCUAACCGCUCCCCACCAGCCUUCACAGCUCUAGCCUUCUACAUCGAAUACCCGGAACUAGAUGAAACAAAACAUCUAGACCGUGGUCUUGGACUUCCAACAUAUGUACAGGAAGAUCCACCGCUGCUCAAUUGGAUCUAUGCUGAUAAUGAGACGUACGAGCUGCGCUAUGGGAAUCGGUCACAGAGUGUGGAGCAUGUGGUUGGGCCGUGGGACUGGUGUAAAGAUGAGAGGAUUAUUUCGCUGGAGAAGAAGAAGAAGGCAUUUUACGCGGUUGAGGAGAAGGAGGGGGAAUGGGCGCUUUAUUUUGAUCGCGAUGGGGAUGAGUUGGAGAGGGUGUUGGAGGAGCAGGGGUUGUUGGAUUGUGCUUUUGUGCCUGUUACUUUGGUUAGGAGGAUUGUUGAGGAGAAGCCUCCUCCUGCUCAGUCUCAGUCUCAACCUCAGGGAGAAGGACAGGGUCAGGGACAGGGACAAAAUGGAAAGGCUGGGCAGAAAUGA